AUGACUGAGGCGUCAUUGACCUUUUUCCUCUACAGUGGAAGUCUGCUGGGCUCGUGGCGCCACCACGGCCUGAUGCCCUGGGAUGAUGACUUGGAUGUUGUUGUCCCGUCAUGGCAGAAGGAUGCCGUGGCUCACGUGCUGAAUGGCCUCAAGCCGCACUUUCUUCUUGAUGUCAAACGAGGAGUCAGAUGGAAGUUCUUCUCCGCCCGGUCUCAUGCUAUCACUAGGUUCUCUUGGAAAUGGCCGUUCCUGGACAUCUCAUUCUACGAGGAGAACAGAACCCACAUGUGGGACCAAGACAAACAAUUUAGAGGAUUCAUCUUUAACAAAGAAGACGUAUUUCCAUUGUUUGAGCGUCCGUUCAUGGACAUGAUGCUGCCUGCCCCGACAAACACAAAAGCCGUACUGUCCACCACCUACAACGUUAGCGUGUGUACAUCGGGGUGGUUCAACCACCGUGAAGAGUACUUAAUUACCGGCGAACUCAAGUCAGUGCCGUGUGAACAGCUGCAGCAAGUCUUUCCGUUUGUCAGGCGCCAGGCUGCAGUAGGCGGCCAUGGAGGUUGUAACGAGAGUCUCGUCUUAAAUGGAAAUGUGUUGGCGUGGGUGGUGCUGAGCGAUGUGCAGUGCUAA